CACUCCUGCUCAUGCGCGUUGGAAGCAGCGUCCGGGGCAGGCAAGCAGUCUCUCCCUAAUGUAAGAUGGUGGCCGGUCUGGCAGCGGAGCGCGCAGAGCCUGGAGAUUACCCGUCUCUCACAUAAAGGUCGUCGGAGGAGCUGCCCAGCCCCCUUCCCGCUGCUAUAGAAGAGAGAGCGAGAUAAAGAGAGCGCUGCCGCCCCCGCCGCCGCCAAACAGCCGGUCGCCGUGGAGCAGGGACGACGAGGCGGAUCUUCAAGUUUCUUCAAAAUUUUCUGUGCUGGACCUAUUCCUCCCUUAAGUUAUUAUAUAUUUUUUUGCUGCUGUGCGAAAAGAAAGAUGUCUCGCAGCCCAGAUGCAAAGGAAGACCCCGUGGAAUGCCCCCUUUGCAUGGAGCCUCUGGAGAUUGAUGACAUAAAUUUCUUCCCUUGCACCUGUGGUUACCAGAUCUGUCGCUUCUGUUGGCAUCGUAUUCGCACUGAUGAGAAUGGACUUUGUCCUGCUUGCAGAAAGCCAUAUCCAGAAGAUCCAGCAGUGUACAAACCACUCUCGCAAGAAGAGCUGCAAAGGAUAAAAAAUGAAAAGAAACAGAAGCAAAACGAAAGGAAACAGAAGAUAUCAGAGAAUCGUAAACAUCUGGCCAGUGUACGGGUUGUACAAAAGAAUCUUGUCUUUGUAGUAGGCUUAUCCCAGCGCCUAGCAGAUCCAGAGGUUUUGAAAAGGCCAGAAUAUUUUGGGAAAUUUGGUAAAAUACACAAAGUUGUCAUCAACAACAGCACAUCAUACGCAGGCUCACAGGGUCCAAGUGCAAGUGCUUAUGUAACCUAUAUCCGGUCAGAAGAUGCACUCAGAGCCAUACAGUGUGUCAAUAAUGUGGUGGUAGAUGGAAGAACGCUUAAGGCAUCUCUAGGUACCACAAAAUACUGCAGUUACUUUCUGAAGAACAUGCAGUGUCCAAAACCAGACUGUAUGUAUCUACAUGAACUAGGGGAUGAAGCAGCCAGUUUCACAAAAGAGGAGAUGCAGGCUGGUAAGCAUCAGGAAUAUGAACAGAAGUUACUCCAAGAAUUGUACAAAUUAAACCCCAACUUCCUCCAGCUGUCUACAAAUGCAGUUGACAAGAACAAGAACAAAGUGACUUCACUGCAGAGGUAUGAUGCACCCAACAGUAAUAACAAAGAUGCCUGGCCAUCAUUACAGAGUUCAAGUAAAUCAGUCAACGGCUUAACAAUGGAACACAGGAAAACGCCUCCUAUUUUAGAAAAUGGCACAGACCCAGAACACAUGACUCCAGAUGGUCCAGAUUCAGAUUUCGGCCCUAUCGACAAACCUUCAGAUUCUCUCAGUAUAGGAAAUUGUGAUAACUCGCAACAGAUAUCAAAUAGUGACACACCUUCACCACCACCCGGCUUAUCGAAAUCCAAUCCAGUCAUCCCCAUCAGUUCAUCCAAUCACAGUGCACGGUCUCCCUUCGAAGGAGCUAUAACAGAGUCACAGUCUCUCUUCUCAGACAACUUCCGGCACCCCAACCCAAUUCCAAGUGGACUCCCCCCAUUUCCCAGCUCCCCCCAGACUUCUAAUGACUGGCCCAUGGCACCAGAACCACAGAGCCUCUUCACAUCAGAAACCAUCCCAGUAUCCUCAUCUACAGACUGGCAAGCGGCAUUUGGAUUUGGUUCUUCCAAACAGCAAGAAGAUGACUUGGGGUUUGAUCCCUUUGAUAUCACCCGCAAAGCCUUAGCAGACCUGAUUGAGAAGGAACUGUCGGUCCAAGACCAACCCACCCUCUCACCCACGUCUCUCCAGAACCCUUCCCCACACACUACAACCGCCAAAGGGUCAGGCUCUGGAUUUCUUCAUCCUUCUGCACCCACAAAUGCCAACUCUCUUAGUAGCACAUUUUCAGUCUUGCCACAGAGGUUCCCACAAUUUCAACAGCAUCGAGCAGUUUACAACUCCUUCAGUUUUCCAGGCCAAGCAGCUCGCUAUCCUUGGAUGGCCUUUCCACGCAAUAGCAUCAUGCACUUGAACCACACGGCAAAUCCCCCUUCAAAUAGUAAUUUCUUGGACUUGAAUCUCCCACCACAACACAGCACAGGUCUAGGAGGGAUCCCUAUAGCAGACAACAACAGUUCUGUAGAGAGUUUAAAUAUGAAGGAAUGGCAGGACGGGCUAAGGGCACUUCUACCGAACAUUAACAUCAACUUUGGUGGGCUGCCCAAUGCUACUUCCCCCUCCAACGCCAACCACAGUGUACCAACGUCCAACACUGCCACCACCGACAGCCUGAAUUGGGACAACCCUGGCAGCUGGAUGGACCCCGCAAUCAUCACAGGUAUCCCAGCCUCCGCUGGAAACAGUUUAGACUCCCUUCAAGACGACAAUCCACCACAUUGGCUAAAAUCUCUUCAGGCUCUCACAGAGAUGGAUGGCCCCAGUGCUGCCCCGACACAGACCCCCCACAGUAACCCCUUCAGUACACAGAUUACUCUGCAAAGAGCGAGUUGGAAUCCCUAUUCACCUCCUUCAAACCCCAGCAGUUUCCACUCUCCACCCCCAGGUUUUCAGACAGCUUUCAGACCCCCCAGUAAAACACCCACAGAUCUACUACAGAGCUCAGCGCUGGAUCGUCAUUAGGAAAAGAGUUACAAACAUUAGAAAUGCAGGAAUUGCCCCACCCAGACUCCCUACACCCAACCAUGGCCCCCCUCCAUAUCUUUCUUUCUGAAGAAUUCAGUUCCUGAUCAGACCUCUUCCCCACUAAGCCCCCAAAUGCAAUGCAAUCACAGGGUCAUAACCAUAUCUUUUUUGUUAAGUUUCUGCUGAGUCAGUGUUUGAAAUACACUGCUAAAAACUAUUUCUUUAAACACACUAAGAAAAAAAAAAGAGAGA